AUGCCUCUUCACCUACUCGGCAAGAAGUCAUGGAACGUCUACAAUCCGGAGAACAUCGCCCGUGUGCGGCGUGACGAGGCUCAGGCUCAGGCUCGGGAGGAGGAAGAGGAACGUCGUAUGCAAGAAGUUGAUGCUGAGCGCAGAAUUCAAAUUCUCCGUGGCGAACGGCCCUCUACCCCACCACCCCCGCCCUCUGCUCCAUCAGAUACCCGACGAGACAGGACACAUGGAGAGGAUGCUGGAAGAUAUAGAAAGCGGAGGCGACUGGCAGGUGAAAAUGAUACGGAUCGCGAUAUCAGACUCGCGAGGGAAGAUGCUCAGCUGAUGCUGGCGAAAAGGGAGGAGCUUGCUGUGUCCAAGACCAGCGAUGCGCCGCUUUUAGACAGUACAGGGCAUAUCAAUUUAUUUCCUUCCGAGGCAGUGCGGAAACCAGCAGAAAAAAAUCAAGAGGCGGAGAAGGAGGCAGCUGACAAGAACCGGAGUUAUGAGGACCAAUAUACGAUGCGCUUCUCGAAUGCGGCGGGGUAUCGACAGUCCGCUGGCCGAAUGCCUUGGUACUCUUCGUCCAGUCGUGAUGUUUUGGCGCCUGAUGCUAUGCCUGAAAAGGAUGUUUGGGGCAAUGGGGAUCCGAUGAGACAGGAGAGGGAGAGAGCCCGGCUGGAUGCCAACGAUCCACUUGCGGCGAUAAAGAGGGGAGUUCGCCACCUGAAGUCGGUCGAACUUGAACGGAAGAAGUGGAACCAGGAGAGAAAGAGAGAAUUGGAUGCACUGAAAGAGGCACAAAGACGACGGACAAGGAAUCGAGGAGCUCACACCGACAUCGCUCGCAUCGCCGCGAAAGAAGUCGCGAUCGUGCUCGCGAUCGUUCUUGCAAGCGACACCGUCACUCCCACUCCCAUUCGCCCCGUCGUCGUAAUCACCAUGACCACGACCGAGGGGACGCUCGCGAGGCGCAGUCGCACAAACGCCAUGCGUGACACCUUUCUUUAUGGAAGCUUGAUCUUGAUGUGA